AAAUGCCCAAUCCAGCCCCUAAAUCCUCACCUCACGUGUCUUCUGGUCUUCAUAUCUCUAGUUCAAAAAAAAAAAAGAAACAAAACCCUAAUAUCUUCUCUCAAGCCGCCGACCAUCCGACCAUCCAGUUCCACCAGUCGCUUCCUUCAUCCGCUGGCCACAUCCCUCAUCUACCGGCCAUUCACCAUCCGUCGGCUAUCAACCGUGAGCCGUUCAUUCAAAACGCACAGCCUCAAGGAUGUCUUCUCAUAAGGCAUCAAAUGUAAUGGAGAAUAGUGUUGAGUUAAGUGAUGGGGAGAGUGUUGAGUUGGAAGAUGAAAUGAAAGACGUGAGAGACCAAUCUUCUAAAGAUGUUGGAGCAAAGGGGAAACGAAAGAAUGCUUCUGAUGCUAAAGAACAUUUUAAAGACAUUGAAGGUAUCUAUAAAGGCAAAAUGGUGAAAAAGAAACAAUGCAUCUAUUGCAAGCAUAGCUAUGUAGCAAAUAGCUCGGGCACCACGACAAGUCUCACGCGAUACCUCAAGGAUUGUACUUAUUUCCAAAAGGCACAAGGUAACAGUAAAGGUUUUAUAAAUUUUGGUUCAAAUAGAAGUGACAAAACAGUUUUUAUUGAUGAAGAGUCAAGUGGGGGUUUUAACCCAAUGAAGGUUAGGGAAUUAAUUGCAAAGCUGAUUAUAGGACAUGAAUUACCUUUUUCAAUUGUAGAUUACCAUUGGUUUAAUCAGUUAUGCAAGUAUUUAAACCCUCUUUUCCAAAAAGUAAGUAGGUCAACAAUCACUAGAGAUUGCAUAAAAGUGGUGAAUGUAGAAAGAGAAAGGAUAAAAAAGAUUUUGAAAAAGGUUGAUAUGAUCUCUCUUACUAGUGAUUGUUGGACCUCAAAUCAAACCAUAGGGUAUAUGUGUUUGACAGCUCACUUUGUUGAUUCCGAUUGGAAAUUGCAAAAAUUGAUAAUUGGUUUUAAUGAGCUUGCACCACCACAUAAUGGUGAGGUUAUAUCGGAUGGUAUCUUAGAAUGCCUUAUUAAAUGGGUAUUCAAGAUAAAAUAGGGACUAUAACUUUGGAUAACGCAACAAACAAUGAUAGGGCAACCAUGUUUUUGAAGAAUAAUUUUCAAGGUAAAUGUAAAUUACAUUUUGAGGGAUUGUUUUUCCAUGUGAGAUGUUGUGCUCACAUUUUAAACUUGGUGGUACAAGAUGGUUUAGGGACUAUUGAAGCAUGCCUUUUAAAAAUAAGAGAAGGUGUCAAGUAUCUAAGGAAGUCUCCUAGUCGUUUGUUGAGGUUUGGUGAAAUAGCAAUUAGUCUAGGUAUAUCCACUCAUAGGUCCUUAUGUACCGAUGUCAAAACUAGGUGGAACUCAACGCAUCGUAUGCUUGAAUCUGCUAUUCACUAUAAACGAGCUUUUCAAGGUUAUGCAUUGAGAGAUUCUAACUUUAUAUGGUCUCCCGCAUCUGAUGAAUGGGAUCGAGCUGAAAAAGUUUGUAAGCUACUAGAGGUUUUUUUAAAGGCUACUAACUUGUUUUCUGGUACAUCAUAUCCGACAUCAAACUUGUUUCUUACUGAAAUUUUUAAAGUGAAAAAGGAGAUAUAUAAUGCUUUUAUAUCAGAUGAUGAAUUCUUGUCAGGCAUGAGUGUGCCAAUGUAUGAAAAGUUUGAGAAGUAUUGGGGGGAAGUUAGUGUGCUUAUGUCUAUAGCAUCUAUCUUAGAUCCUCGUUUUAAGUUGAAGUCGGUCACGUGGACUUUUGAGAGGUUGUAUCCAAUGGAGGAGUGUAGUAGUCGGGUUGAAGAAGUGAAAAGUCAAUUAAAAUCUAUUUUUGAAAAGUAUUUUAAUUUGUUUAAGGAUGUCACGAGUAGCUCAACACCACCACAAUCUUUAGACGAACCAAAUCCACAAGGGGAUGAUUUUAUGGCUUACCUCAACUCUAUACCCCUUGAGACCGGACAGAAAACUGAACUUGAAGUGUAUUUGGAAGAGCCUAUUCAUAGAUCAAAGGAGCUAAAAUUUGAUGUGUUGAUGUGGUGGCGUCAACAUUCGAGCAAGUUUCCUGUUCUAAGCAAGUUGGCAAAAGACAUCUUUGGCAUUCCAAUCACUACCGUAGCUUCUGAAUCCGCAUUUAGUGCAGGAGGGCGUAUUUUAGAUGACUACCGAAGCUCUCUAUCGAAGGACAUGGUAGAACUUCUCGUUUGCGGAAGUGAUUGGUUAAAAUCCGUCUCAAAGACAACGAUAAAAACAUUGGUUCAAUCUGCAAAAGACGAAGAAAACUUAGAUAUUGAUGUCUUGAUUCCCGAUAAGUCUUCUCACUAAUUAAUAAUGGAAGUUACAGGUAGAUCAAGAUUACAUGAUAGAUCAAGAUAUGUGGACAGAUUUUUGCACCUAAAAGAGCCGAAUGACUUGAACGCGCGUUUUUUGGGUUUGAAUUGACCUUACUGUAUUCAAAUUUUAUGUUUUGAAAUCAGUUUUUGAUUGAAGAUGUCUAGAAUGACUUGAACGUGUGUUUUGGAAGUUAUUUUGCAUUUUAGAUGUUCUUAAACAUUAAACAUUUGGAUGACAUUUUGUCUUUAUUUUUAUGGGACUUUUUAUGUUUG